AUGCCAUCGUCAGAGAAAAAGAAAGUUAAGGACCUACACUUGGCUUCCAACUUGGAGGAACUGAACAAAAUAGCUGAUCCAGGCUUGCCCGUCGACAGAAAUGCGAACCCUUCACCGUAAGCGACAUACUUCGUUAUUACGUUGUCAGAUUUCUCAGUUCCUGCUACGCUCAAAUCUUUCGCUUUCCGAAAAUCUAGGGUCAUGACUUUGCCUAUGAUAACUUUAAACUUUUGAUUAGGCAGCUAAAAAUCGUCCAAGGUCGCCUCACCAAUCCACUUUCUCAUUGUCUACCAAACACUUGUAUGUUUAUGUCGUGGUUCAAUUUUAUCCUCUGGUCAAAUUUUAUUUUCUUUUGUUUUUGGGAAUUGAAAUAUAUGAUAAUGAGUUUGAAACAAAGGAAAAUAAAAUUUGAACAAAGCAUAAAAUUGAACCACAACAUCUACAUUACCCUGAUGAGUGAUCUGGUUUCAAUUUGAAUAUAAUUUUUAAAACGUAAUUACUUCACCUUCACAAGGAAAAUGUAUCUACGCAUAGAAUCUACAUUUUGGUUUUAGGUUUUAUCAGAGAGCAAUAGUUGAAGUCCCAUCUCCAAAGAUUAUGAUGUUCUAAAGAUAUAGAUUAGUUUUAAGAAAGCACAAGUUUCUCCUUUGGGCACAGAAAUUUUCUUCUUUACCCUCCGAUUUAAAUUUUCACUGUUUCUGUUCAGCUCUCACUAUAAGUUGCAUGCACUUUGCUUCUUAGUUUAAAUUGAAUCAAGGGUGAAAGUGAACGAAACAAGUUUGAAUUGCUUAAUUUUUAAUUCUAGAGUGGUUCUUGAUCAAUGGAAAUUGAAAAUCAGCUAAUCUGAAAUAAUUUCACUCAGCGUAAUAAUUUAUAAUUUAAACUACUGCCAAUGUGCCAAAAACCUGUUUCCUGUUGCAAACAUAGAUACAUCAAAUCAGCGGAUAAAGUUUACCUGAAAGCUCAAGAUAAUGAUCUGGAAGGUGACGAAGAGAGUGCAUAUGUAUAUUACAUGCGUUAUUUUAACAUCAUCUGCUUGAUUAAAAAAAGCAGCAAAUACUCAGACAACAAGGUGGGUAAUGAGCAAUGUCUUAAUUUAUUACACCCUAGCAUUAGCUUUUACAAUUAUAUUCUCCUCACUGUCCUCUAUACAUUUCCUAUGGUACUGAAAGGGAGAAUUUGUUUAACAAUCAGGGACUUCUUGAGUUGGUGAUUUUUUCCUUUAUUCUCAUGACCUUCUCAAUUGAUUCAGGGGUGAAAUUAGAAGCUAGUCAUUCUUAGGGGUGAGAAUGUUACUGUGUACCAAGGCUUUCCUUCAAGUGUUAGCAGAUUAAAAUGAAAAUGUUAAUCUACAGUUACUGUUACUACAUUUGAAAAAUCAUAAUGGGAAACUGAGGAAAUUACCUCAAGAAAUGGGAUAGAAGGAUUAUUUUGUUGUAAAGUUGUCUGCAUGUACACUGUACAUACAAUGAUAUACUUCUAUGCAUCAUGGUUACAUCUGACAUACUGAUAAGCCUAUUUCUGUCCUGUUUGAAUUCACAGAAGCAUUAUGAUAAUUUGUUGGGGAAAAACAAAACUAUAAGGUCUAUUGAGCGUGCAGAAGUGUUACAAGAAAACCUCAAGAAAAGGUAGGUAAUUGGCAUAUGAGAUGCAGUAAUGCUCAAUUAAGGUAUAACUGUUCCCAAAAAUACCUUCUUUACUUAAUUUACAACAGUCCUCAAACCAAACCAACAUUUUUUAGAUACUUUAAGAACAAUACAUUGUAAUUCAUUGUAAAACAAAAUUAAAAUGAUGUAUUUGCUAAGAUAUUGUUCAACUAAUCAGAUUUGAUUCAAGGUUUUGAAGUUACUACAAGUUACCUUUGUAUUGUUGCCAAAGAAACUAUCACAAAACCUUUGAAAACCUGUUUCUUCAGGUAUAAGAAGCUAAAAGAUCAAAAGGAAGCUGAGGCAAAAGCGCAGGAAGAAGCAAAGCAAAAGGAAGAGGAAGACAAAAGUAAAACAAAAUGAACACUCCUAGACAUCUUUAACUAGUUUGGACAAUUCUCCAGAGAGAUGUUCAUGAUGUUUGUUUGUCCCUCUCUCUCUCUCAAUAAUGUUGUUGUUUGUCAGUGUAUCUCUGUCACCCCUCAGAUUUCAGGGUAUUGAAGGUUGUAGGUGACUCAACAAGUGUGUCUUAGAGUGUAGCUUAAGUUUCAUCAUGGUGAUUUUGUGUAUUGUGUAUGGCCCAUAUAGUUAUUCAUGCACACUAUUCAUAACUGGAUGAUAUACUUUGUCAUUGUUAAAUAAUUUUAAAAUUUUUUUUGUGAGUAUGUGGUUACAUGUACUGUCUCAACUCCGGUAUAUACAAUAAGUUACAAAAUUGUAGACAAAUUGCCAAAAGUUGAAUUAUUAUCUCUUUAAAAUAGCACAUUUAUUUCAUCCCUAAUAUCCUUACUUUAAACCCUUCUUUUCAUGUACAAUGGUGCACCUUGUUUUCUGUGAUUCUGUAAUAGCACACAUUUGAGGAGUGGAAGAGGCGAAGCUAACAGUGCUUCAAUUUAAAUUUCAUUUAUAAAUACCUCCCUUAACUUGGCUACAUGGAUUUUAUGUACCAAAUACCUGUAUUUUUUUGCUGAUUGGAGGUUGUCUCCCCUUGGAAUUUCUUUAACUUUUUCCCUCUUAAUGGUUUAAUUUAUAAUCCAGUUGAAUUUCAUCUUUUACAAAAUAUGCUUUUAAAACAAACUUUGGAAUGUAACACAAAAUCAUAUCUUAAAUGAAUAAGCCUUAUUACUAGAUUACAAAUUAAGGUGUCCCACAGUCUUUUGAAUUAUUUAAGAAUAAGAUCACAUUAUCCUUUAAUAGUAAUGAUUUGAGUUUUUCUUUGUUUGGUUUGUAGAAAAAUUAGCUGCAUCAAGGGCAAGGAAUGGAAAGGGAGCAGACAGGUAAACAAAACAUGAUCUUGAAUCAUGAAUGACAUGCACAAGAAGAUGUCAAUUUACUGUAUCAUUCUGUUCAUAUGUAUAUGAAUCCCAAAAAUGUCAGUUUGCUUUGGACAUUAGUGAACUAAAUUUGAUGUACUAUUUCAAAAACAAGUGCGAGGGUUUCAUCAGGUUUCCAAAUGCGAGAAAACAUUUGAAACCACACGGCUGCAGGCCGAGCGGUUUUGUUGUUUUCAAGUGUUUGGAAACCUGAUGAAACCUGAAGCAUGAGUUUUUGAAAUGACUUUUCCAGAGAAACAAUACAAAAUUAUGCAGUGUUUUGUUUUUCCCAUUUUUCUUUAAAAUGGCUUGUAUGUGUGAUUUGUUGUAUUCAGUCAGUGAGCUUUUGUUUUAAAUUAUCCAAUAGUUUUGUGUUGCACCAAAUUUGUAUUCCAAAAGCAUUGUGAACUUGAAGUGAUUUACAUGUUGUUUUUGCCAUGGACAAAGGAAGGUUUCGCUUCCCAAAAACGAUUGAGGAAGAAAAACAUUGCUUAGAGAGAGUGGUACCGAAGUCUAUUAGAUAUAAAAUAAGUGGGCAGUAGGCAUUUUUGAGGAUUGGCAAUGAGUGCAAAGUGUCAAGUUUCCAAUAGUUGAAGUUGGUGGAGUUUUUAAAGAGUAUGAAUUGGACAAAGUUCAGCUGCUUACUCAGCCCAUAACAGAGAUGGAUGCAUUGAUGCUCAACUAUUGGUUAUCCAAAUUUGUUCAAGAGUUGGCAAAGUGUUCCAAAGAUCUGUACCCCCAAAAAAUUGUACCAGAUUGUCUGCAGCAUUUUCUGAUUCAUGCAGAUUAAGAACAAUUUUAUCACUACUGAUGAAAAUGUGAUGAAACACUAAUGAUGAAAAUGUGAUGAAACACUAGUUAUUUUAAGCUGGUGUUUCAUUGAGUUUCAAAGUCAUCCACCUGACCUGAAUGGGGCUCUCUGGUUGGCUUAUAAGGUCAUGAAUUAUUAAUGAGUUUGAGAAUAAGUUUUGAAAACGUUCUGAUAGAAAUACUAGGGACUUGUACUGACAGUGGUAUGGGAGACUUGGUGAAUUAUUUGUUAGUGCUAGUGCGCUGGACUCCAGGUCAAGAGGUCUGGAUUUGAGACCUGGCUGGGUUGUUGUGUUGUGUUCUUGGGAAAAGAACUUUACUUUCACAGUGCCUGUCACCACCCAGGAGUGUAAUUGGAUACUGGGGCAUCAUGAGGGAAGCCUGAUGAAAUGCAGGGGGUAAACUUGUGAUGGACUGACAGCCCAUCCAGGGGGGAGUAGUAAAACUCCCAGUCACUUCAUUCCAUCACAACUUCAAUAAGAUCUGGCUGGAUAAGCCACUUGGCUCCAGUACAGACUUAACCUACCUUUCCUGUACAAAGUUAUUCUUAAUGGACUAUAUAAAGUGGAAAUUAGGGACUCUCCAUGAAAUAGAAGGAAUCCUUUCUCUAAUAAACACUUUUUUAAAACUGAAAUUUCAUUUUUUUUAAUCUAGAUUCUCAUACAUAUUGACAUUUACACUUUUUACAUCUGUUGAAUGGUUUUACUCUCCCAGAUAAGCAUUGUAAAUAAAUUGUAUAAUGUCAAAUACCAUGACACAGUGAUACUUUAAGUUCUUCAGGAGGGUUUAUUUUCUGUUUGAUUACUUUGUUAGUGACAGUGGCUUUGAGAGUGAUGUUGAUUCUCUCCAAAAUGGAAAUGGCAUAAGUUCUUCCUCUGAUGUUUAUAACAAGCUUCAGGUGUGAACAUUCAUGCAUGUGGAGAAGUGAUGUUUCUGUCUUCUUCUUUCAUCUAUUAAGACUUCUAAGCUUAUCAGCUAAAGUGUUUUUUCAAUCAAUGUUACACCAACUUCUAUUGUUUAAUAUACAAGGAAAUGUAUGGCAGUCAGUUAGGAGGAUUACUAGUUGGAUCUCUGGAGUUUAGGACUUGGGAGAUUAAAUCUGGCUGGUACAAUAAAGGAAAAGAUGAAUUCAGUGUGUUUUAUGCUACAAUAUGAGCCACUCUGAAGAGUUCUAUCAUUUGAUUGUAUUAACAAAAAAAACAUUUGAGAGGCUCUUCAAGUUAAUUAUAAGUGGAUUUGAAUAGUAAAGUAUUAGUAUCACAAUUACAAGAUUAUCAGUAGACCUGCAGCUUUCAAAUAUGUUAGUUUUAAAAUUGUGUGCAGUAUUUAGGAUCAAAAUUUCUUUGCCAAUCAUGAGUGGGGGAAUUAUGAUUGAAAGAAGGGGAAAUGUUAAUGUGUGAAGGUAAAGGCUGUUGAAAAGAAUAUGAUUGGUUAGGAGACAAAGUUUUCAUCCACUUGUGGAAUUAUAUAAUCUUCAUAAAGUGUGCCUUUUAACUUCAGGUCAACCAUAAUUCUAUUCUUACUCCAAAAACAACUGAAAAUGACAGUGGUAAGUUUUACAAUUUCAUGAAAGAUUCACCUUAAACAUUUGUAUAUUUUAGGUAACAGGGAAUUCAAAAUUUGAGCAAUGUAAGAAUUUGCAAAUUGGAAAUGAGACGUAAUACAUGUAUGUCUAAGUUUAUGUGAAUCUUAUGCUUCUUUAGAUCAGUAAAGAUGGUAAAUGAAUGUCUUUUCUGGAAGAGAUUCAUGAGAGAGUCAGGCACCCCUUACAAUAAUUAUUGGUUGUUUAACUUGAAUGCUGGUGGCAUGCAUUUCAUUGGUUUUUCUUUUAGGUGCACUUAUAAGUGGAGUGGAGUCUCCUACCUCAUCACUUGUCACAGAUGGUGUGAAGUUUAUAUCAGCACAAGAACUGUACAAGCGCAUAAAAAAUUCUGAGUUCAAAAUUCUGAUCCUUGAUUGUCGACCCUGUGCCAAGUUUGCUGAAAAUCGAAUCCAGUGUUCUUGUUGUAUUAAUAUUCCUGCUGAAUUGCUGGAUCAAGGGUAUGAAACAUAUAUUGUUAUUAUUCUCACUGGAAUGGUUGUAUCCAAAUUGAACAAUUAGUUGUCAGAUCUAUUUCUCAGCAAGUUCCAAACUAAAGUUAAUGUUGGUGAAGUUUUGAUAAUUACCGGUAAGCCAAUUUGUGUUACAGAGUAACAUUGCAGAAGGUUUUGGUAAGUGCUAUGUUUUAUUAGUGAGAUAGUUAAAGUAUAACUACUGUUUGAGUUGAAUUAAAUCCAUUUUCUUUUCAAGGGUUUCAGUUGGCAGCAUAGAGAGAAGACUGCUAGAACUAACAAGAAAGACUUGGAAUAGGAGAGGAGAAAAAGAGCUUGUUAUUUUAAUGGAUGAAUCAACCAAGGUUUCAGAGAUAACCCCGGAAUGCAGAAUUCAGAGGCUCAAAGAUGUGAUAUUCACUUAUGACCCCUACAGCUCAUUGAAACGUGAACCUGUAUUUCUUGAUGGUGGAUUCCAUAGCUGGCUUUGGCACUAUCCAUCACUGGCCUUGAAACCAGAAUUACCAGCGGUAUUUUGGAAAUUCUAUGAUUUUGACUUAUUUGUACAUUGAGAAUAAAUAGUUUGAGACAUGUCUUGGAGAGGAUACUUACCUAUGACUCUAAAACUUGAUUAUACCUCUGCUUACUCAUAUUCAUUGUGAAUAAAUGCAGUUUUGACCACUGAGGGUGCUUUAUGACUCUGAGCCCUUGUUAGACAUGAUUUAUUGGCCAGGGACAGAUGGUGUGUUUUGCCUGGGUGAAGAAAGCAUUGAAAUUAAUUUUGUAGAAAUACUAUAAAUUUGUCUUUAAAUGUUAGUUUUACUAUGAUGAGGCAAAUGGUCUUAAUUUGAUAAAUAGCACACUAGAAGGCGGAAGGUUCCAGUUAAAUAAAUGCACUUUUACAUGUUAAUUAGUCUAAUGUGUGCUGUUCUUUACUCUUACUAGGUAAGGACACAACCUAAAGCUGUAAAUUCUGUGGAUUUGUCAUCUUUAGACUAUCCUGAACUACCUGAAGAUAAGACAUUAACCCCUCAGUCUACUGUGACUGAUCCUACAUCCAGCGCUUUGCAGUAUCCUGGUGUCCCAGUUGCCAACCUUCAAAAUAUGCAAGGUCCAAAAGGCAGUACUGAACAAAACAAACCACCCUCCCCAACACAAGCAGAAUUCAAUUCUAAUGUACCACUAUCAGGACAACCUGGAGAGACUCCAUCAGGAGCAGCUUGGAAUCAUGGUCCAGGAGCAAAGUCUAAGCAACUAGGAAUUCAUCCUGUAGUUCCUCCUUCACAACAUCCCAAUGACACUCAAUUGCCAAGACCUGCUGAUGCAGGUCCUCCCCAAGAUAAAGCUCCAAAACAAGAACCAUUGAAGUUGCCACCAACACAAUCUGUUGCUUCAUCUGAAGGUUUGCCACUUCCCUCAGCAGGACCACAGUCAUAUAUGGGAGUAGCUCCUCAGGCAGUUGUUCCAUCUUCAGCAGAUUUGAGGGCAACAGGCCCUGUGCCAAAAACAAUGGUACCCCAUCCAUCAAGUCAACCUAUUUUUCAGCCCAAUAUUCCUACUACUGCUCCCAAAACAGUGCCAAGUACCCAGCCAUCUUCUCAGUCAAGCGCAACUGUUACAAAGCCAUUUCCACAGUCAAGUGUGCCAUUCACAGGCUCUUCAAAUACACUGUCUGCUCAGUCAGGACCCCCCAACACAAAAUCUACCCUACAGCCCAGUGUAUCUAUUCCUGGCACCCAGCCAUCCAGUGUGAACUCUACUUCCUCUCAAGUAAUGCCUUUGGCUUCUGUGAAAGUGACUCCAGCAGUAUCAACUUCAUCCUCCCCACAAGGCUCAGGUUUUGUUUCUCCACCCUACCCUGACAAUGUGUCGCAGCAAGUACCACAAAGGGUACAACCACAAAAUCAACCACCUGUUGCUCCAUCAGUGAGUCAGGUGCCGCAUAUUGGCAGGCAAGAUCCUGAUGGGUCAUCUAUUCCCAUAUCACAAAGUCAUCAAGUAAUCACAACUUCUAUCUCAGGAGCAGAUACAAGGAAUACAAAUUUUACUGCUGUGAAACCUAGUGCAGCACCUCAAUCAGGAAGCCCAGAGCAUUUCGUGCAAGGACCUGUCCAGAAUGGGGCUAGUAAACCAACCACAACUGUUGGUAAAGACUCUGCAACCCCAGCUCUGCCAAAGAAUUCAGACUCUGCUCAAAAACUUGAUAGCCGGCCAAGUAACUUUGUCACCACACCAGGACUGCCACAUGGAUGGGAAAAGGUUACUGAUGACGGAAACAGAACUUACUACAAAGAUCAUAAUACACAAACAACACAUUGGAAUCCACCAACAACUGGAAAAGCAUAUGUUACGCCACAGUCUGGUGCACAAAGGCAGCAGCAGUCUCCAGUGAAAAGACAGUCUUCAGUAGAAAGGCCAAAAUUGCACAGAUCUAAUUCUUCACCAAAUCUUGCUAAGGUCAAAGAUCAAGGCUCUUCUGGUCCCAAGAAGCCAAUAAUUGAUCGCUUAUCAAAACCAGAUUCUGGACAAAAGGGACCUGCAAGGCCAGUUGUGAACCGCGUUGCCAAACCUUUGUCUGCCAAUCAGCUUGAUAGUUUUAAUCCAAGCUAUGGUGGUCCAGGAAUAGGGUUAACUGGACUACGUAAUCUGGGAAAUACCUGUUAUAUGAAUUCUGUGGUGCAGUGCUUAAGCAGUGUGGCACCAUUGGCAACAUAUUUCAUUUCAGGAGUAUUCAGGGAAGACAUUAAUAGGAGUAAUCGAGAUGGAACAAAGGGUAGGUAGAUUUCAUGAAUAAUUCUUUUAAUUUGAAUUUAUAAUUUUGAUUUUUUUGUAGUGUUUUUUUCUAUGUGUUUUGGCUCUCAAUAACAUCAAGAAUUACUUUUCAUUUGAAAAUCAGCUUUUGAGAUAUCAGAGUGUUUGGAGUGCUUCUUAAUUUUAGCUCAAACUCUUGACUUCACAUCUAUUUUCAGGAGAACUUGUUGAAAGCUUCUCAGUUCUUGUCAGAGUCUUGCAUUCUGGGCAGUAUAAAUGUGUUUCUGCAAUAGAAUUUAAACGGACAGUUGGAAAGUUCAAGUCACAGUUCUCAGGGUAUGACCAACAAGAUUCUCAAGAACUCUUAGCCUUCUUAAUGGAUGGUUUGCAGGAGGAUCUCAACAAGGUACUGCAGUAGCAGGUGUCUGAAGUCUUGUCUUCUGAGAACACCUUGAUGCUAAUUUUAUUGAAAAAAUGUGAGAUGUUUUAAUGGCCUGUUAUUAACACAGUUAAGUAAUUUGUCUUGCAUGGUUUUUGGCUUGUGUUUUUGAACACAAGCAACAAGGGGUGAGUAAGGAAAUGAACGGAUAAUGGGAAAUAAGCUUUUUUCAUCCCAUCUUGAGCUAAAUGUUUCUUUCAGCCCUGCUACUAGUGUUUUGAAGGCAAGAUGACACAAAGUACACCCAAUGUUUCUCAUAAUGUGGUUUGUUAGAUUAUUCCAUCAUAUUUUUGUCUCCUAGGUGAAAAACAAACCUUAUCUUAGAGCACCUGCUGAUGACUUAGAUCCCCAGACAGCUGCUACUAUGGCUUGGGAAAACCACAAGAAGAGGAAUGAGUCAAUUAUGGUGGAGUUGUUUGAUGUAAGAUAACAUCACUACUGACACUACUAUUCAUUUUGAUAUUAUGUUUAAUAAUAAUAUAUAGGAUUGUUUAUGAGUGAAACUGAGAAAUAAAGUUUUGUAAGUUUUAAGUUUUAGUACUGAGUUAUGAGUGGGUACACUGUUAUACAAGUAGGUAAUCCAAUUACAAUAGAGAAUUUGAUGGCAAAUUCUACAAAUAUUUGCUUCAACAAGAUUUCCCAACUUCUAUUAGCCAAACUGAAUCAUUAAAUGUUGCAUAACAUCGCAAAGCAACUAGAUUGCUAUGUUUUGCAUUUUCAGGGCCUCUUCAUGUCGACUGUGCGCUGCAUGGUUUGCUCCAAAGAAUCCAGAACUUUUGAUUCUUUCUCCAACCUCACUCUUCCACUGCCUCCUAACAAGAGUCAUUGUUCACUUGAGGUAUUCUCACAACUUUAUAUAUAGAGAAGAAUAUCUAUGUGCAAAAAGAUAUCCAUGACUUGUUUUUUGUGAAGUUAUUCUUUGGUCUGUGGAAUAAGCAUCAUCUGAAUGAACAAAUUAUGUUCGAGAAAAUGGCCCUGCAUGUGCUUGAGGCUAAAUGGCAGUUUUUUUUAUUAUCAUAUAGUGAUAAUUGUAAUGUGUGCCCACUGAGUCAUCUCAGGUAUCACCAUAUGGUAGGGUUUUAGUCCAGUAAUUAGAAUUAUUUUAUAUUAUUAUGAUUUUAGGAUUGUCUCACUUUGUUCACCAAACCUGAGAAAAUGGCAGGGGAUGACAAGUGGUAAGACAGUAUAAAAGUUUUUCUUUCUGAUUACCUUUUUUUUUUUGUGAAAGUGGGUUGGUCAGUAAGGCCAAGAAAGAAGUAAAUAAAAAGCUUUUGUACUGGAAAAACCUUGAUGCAUGUGUUCGCUUGAUAAUUGUCUUGAAUUCCUAACCCAAGCAUCUGAUUUCAUAUCCAGGUAUUAUAAGGUGGGUUUCUAGUUAGUUAACGUAAUAUAACUUUUACUUCGAAAAAGCCUCGUGUGUUCUAAAUCCUAAAAUAUUUUAAUAUUUAAAACACUGAGGUCCAAUCCUCUAACAGCAGGCCAGAAAGUUAGGUGUGAAUAAUUUCCUUCUAAAAUAAAGUUCUGAUUACCUUGUUUUAAAUUAAGGGUGGGUUCUGAAUUUAAAAAACUAUUACAAAUUUCUUUUAGGCCAUGCAAUGAUGAAAAAGAAGGAUAAUGCUCAUUGUUGCUGCAUGAAUAAAUGACUUUACUUAUAUGUUGUUGUGACAUUUCUUUUGAUAUAAUUGUGAAAGUCCUUUUGAUAUGAGCAAGGGGUUAAAUUUAUACAUAACCAUGUAUUUACAGUAGAUUACAUUUGUGAGAAGUUUAGUCAUUUACAUCAGGUACUCUUUAAGGUAUUGUGCUGGGAGGGGGGGGUGUCCUUUUUUAUUGCUGAUUCUUGAAGAAAUAUUAAUUAAUGUUUAUUUUCUUGUUAGGUUUUGUCCAAAGUGUCAACAAAGAAGGGAAGCCAGUAAAAAAAUCCAGAUCUGGAAGCUUCCAAGAAUUCUUGUGGUCCACCUGAAAAGGUAACUUUGAUUAUUGCCUGCAGAGGGUGGCUUAAGUCUUCUUGACCAACCACAAAGCAUUGCAAAUCAAAACAAUGCAUUUAUGGAUUACUUUCAAUGCUAAAUUUGAAAUUUCUCUGUUUUUUAUCAUUUUCAAUUUGCCAUUAAAUCAUUUCUUGAUCUAUUAUAUCUUAAAUUCUGCCAAGAGAGUAUUAUAAGAAAGUGUUCAUAGUUUGAUGGUUUCUGCUACUUCAGUCUGUAAUAUUUCAAAUUAAAUUUUGGCUGAUGUUGUCAUUUGUUUGGUUAAUUUUUUUGAAGAUUUCAGUAUGAAGGAAUGUGGCGUCAAAAGCUCCAGACAGGCGUGAAAUUCCCCAUGACUGAACUGGACAUGUCUGCCUUUGUUGUGGGUCCCAAGUCUGCUGCACGUCCUUACAACUUAUUUGCAGUAUCCAAUCAUUAUGGAACCAUGCAUGGGGGCCAUUACACUGCAUUUGCAAAGAAUGUUUAUGAUAAAAAAUGGUACAAGUUUGAUGACCAAUAUGUAACUGAGAUGUCUCCUCAAGAUGUUGUGGUAUGUCUUCUUCUUGUUAUCUUUUAUUGAUUUGUUUAAGGUGCUAUAAACUGUGCAUCAUAUUAAUAACUGAACAACCUUCAACAGCAUUCUAAGCUUGAUCAAUCUUAGUCACAUGAGAAGGUUAAGGCAUAAAAUGACUGAAAGGUUUUUUGUUCUUUUUUGCUACCAACAUGUUGCUUGAGAAAAGGUGUAAAAAAAAACCACAUUUUAAGGGUGCUCUCUAUAUGGAUAAGCAAUGAAAACCUACAUUUGUGGAAAAAACCUCUAGAGACAAUUUGUUCACGGGAAUAUGAUUGCUUAAGUUCUUAAAAUCUUAACCCUUCAACUCCCAAGAUCUGAUUGUUGAUUCUCCCCUCUAGCUGCUACACAUAUCGUUUUAAAUUAGUUAUGAGAAUUUGGUUUAAGAUUAAGAUGUCAACUUUUACCUGACAAGUUUGAAUAUUCUCAUUACCUGUUGGUUGGAUAAUGUAAGGAUAUUGUGGGGAGAAGUUUCAUGUUGAUCACUUCUGGGAGUUAAAGGGUUGAUGCCUGAAUUAAAUAAAACACCCUUCUCUCCCACCUCUCUAGUCAGUGUUGCUGUAUUUUUGUUACCAAGUUAUGUUUACAGAGAAAUAUGUUACAUUGUUGUAGAGAGUGCUGCUGCUCAUCAUGGUUUUAAAGAUAAAUGUUUGAUCAGUUGCCUGACGAUGUAAAAUGUCAGGCGAAUAAAUCAUGUAUUGAUUGCAACAUUUCCACAGCCAUACAGCUACAACAGGAAACAUGGGUGGGAAAAUGAACAAUACACAAGCAUUGAUCAAAAAUCUUUCCUAAAUAAUUUUUUUUUUCUUAGAACAGUAGGUUGAAACAGUGAAAUAGAUACAAAUUUAUAUUUUUGCACUCAUAAAGAUUAUAGAAAAAAAAGAAAAAGAGAAACAAACUGCCAAACAAUGGCCUUAGAGAACUACAAAACGAAUUCAUGACAAAAAUUAUCAACUAUCUGCAAAAGCAGCCUUGAACCUUUUGGUUGUUUUCAACUUGCACUUUUUAACUAAGUAGGAGCAGUUAUAUUCUCUAGUUUUAAAUCUAAAGUGAUUGUUUUUAAAUCAUAUGCCCUUUUGAACUUCAUACUAACAAGACUAGUGUAUUUCCUUUUCAGACACCAGCUGGUUAUCUUCUGUUCUAUGCAUCAUUUGGUUUCCAACCUCCAAAUCUCCUCAGUUUCAAAUCUUGAAACAAGUCAGUACACUGGACAUUUUUUAUAGCAAUAAAUUAGCAAGAAGCAUGACUGUUUAGUAGUCUAGUUCAAUUUGUUAUCACAUAAGUAAAUUAAAAUCGUGUAUAGAUAACUAUGAGUAUAAAACAUAAGUUUGUUAAUAUUAAUUAGAUGUUAUAGUUUUAACCAGAUGGUGGAGCAUUAUGCAUGCUCUCAAAUCUUGAAAUUUAAAGGCAUUAGCAAAGAAAGCUAACUUUGCAGAUCAUGUUGAUUAAUUAUAUAAGCUUAGUUAUGCACAUAUUCUGAUUGGUUCUCACUUUUUUCCCGUAUAUUUUAAUUCUUUAUUAUAUAAAACAAAUAGAUUCCAAGUUGCCGUGCGUUUGUAUAGGUAAUCACAUGAUUUCGAGUGCAAUUUGGAAUAAAUAAGCACGAGUAAAUUUUUUUAAAGACUAACAAAAUUGCACGAGCCCGUAGGGCGAGUGCAAUUUGUGGUCUUUGAAAAAAUUAACAAGUGCUUGUUUAUUCCAAAUUGCACGAGAAAAAUAAUGCGGUUACGUGUUAAUAAUAUACAUGGAAAAAUACGAGAUGGCUUAUCAUAAUUAAACAUAAGCAAAGCGCGCACGUCAAGUGCAAAGAUAAUUUAUUCAAACCUCGCGUUCGGUCAAAACAACCGCGUACGAUCAAAACAAUAAAAAAUUAUGCAAUGAUAUCUUCACAUCUUUAAGGUACAAAAAAGUUCAAAGUCCGGCUAAACAGUUCAAGGAAUUGUUCAGUCUGUGUCCGAAUCACUUUCGAUGAAAUGGAAUCGUCGUUUCCGAGGUUUAACCAUGUUUGUUUUUUAAUUUCGGCGUGUGAUCGCUCGAGCAAAGUGUAAAGCUGGGUCGGCUCGUGUAAUUUUCGAUUUCCUCGGCAAUUCCCUUCUCUAAACACCACUUUUUCCACACCGACAACCAAAAAGCAGUGCUUUUUACAGUGUUUUUGUUGUUUAAGCUGUUUUUCAGCUGCGGUGGCGAAAGAAAGCCUACUUAAAACACCGGCCAUUGUUUCGCUCGCAAAUUUUCAAAUUUUCAAAUUUUGUUGCGACAUCCAAGGCUCGCAUUUGAUUGGCUAUCUAUGAGUUUCUUUGAUUAUUGACCAAUCAGAAUGUCUGAUUUGUUUCUUUCUUUGCACUGAAUUAACCCUCUUCUGCACUAAAUUAACUCUCUACUGCACUGAAUUACCUGAAAACUGCAUUUAUCUUAACCAAUCAGAACUAAGUAAUUUUUCCAUGUAUAUUAUUAGUUCAAUAAUAGAUCACAGAGGACGUCAAAAUGUGGUAAGAACAUCAGUGACACACUUGGCUGCACCUCGUGUGCCACUUUUUUGUUCUUACCACAUUUUGACAUCAUCUGUGAUCUAUUACUGAACAGACACACAGCAACUUGGAAUCUAUUUGUUAAAUUUACCCACUACUGCCUACAGUAUUGUGUAUAAAAACCUAUAUUAACCCCAAACAAAAACUUUCUAGUUAUUAAUUUUCAUUUUUCCUUGUUUUCCUAAAUAUAAUUUUUGCAGUACUGAAAGACUGCCUUUUUACCAUUAUUUUUUUAUAUAUAUCAUGUAGACAGAUAAUGCAGAGGUUAGUAGGUUAGAUCUAACAUUAGUUUUACCCAGCAUAGUUAACUAGGGAGAAGAUACAAGUGCUAAGCAAAGUAAAGGUUAGCCGUCAAUUUUUUAUGUUUCUUGAAUUGGGGGAUGAUGCGCUGAAGGUAAGCUACAGGCUGAACUUGUCCCCCAAAGGAUGCUUAAGUGCUUGCUUCUUCUUGUUUGCCUGAUCAGUCCUAUGGGUCUUCGAUUUAAGGACCUUAGAUAAAUUUUUUCAUGGGAUAAAUCAGUGAAUCCCCAUUACCUUAGGGUUUGUGUUUGGGUAAAUCUCCGAAGUAUUUGGUGUAAGCAAGGCAGCUGUACAGGUUUCUGUUUUCUCCAAAUAGUUUUGAUUAUCAUUGAUGAUUAUGGAAGUAAUAUGUAAGGAUGAUGG